GGAAUACCUCGCUACGCUGAUAGAGUUGAUCAUAACGAGUUGAUAGUAAAGCUACACAAUAUUAUCGUGGAACAAAUACUAUUAAGCAAAUUGAAACGAACUUGUUAAAAGUCUUAUAAAUAUAUCUAUUAUUGCUUUUAAUGGUAUCACUGUGUUUCUCAAAAUCCUCAGUUCACUUUUCAAGACGAACAUUCUUUACAUCAAGGAUCAGUUGUUCACCGCGUAAUCUCUUCUCAGAUGAUAGUUAUAGACUUCGUACAUUCCUUAAUUAUACUGUAUCGUUUGGUAUAUUCAUGAUUGGUUUUGGAUAUGGUACUGUGCCGUUAUAUCGCUUGUAUUGCACAAAAACAGGUAGCGGGACGAAUGCAAAUUUUGCUAAGGCUAAAACUGAAAAGAUCAGAAGUAUGAAACCAGUAAAAGACUAUGAACUAGUUGUAUAUUUUGCUGCUGAUACAUAUUCAAAAAUGUCAUGGAAAUUUAAACCAUUACAAAAAGAGUUAACUGUUGUCCCUGGUGAAACAGCCUUGGCAUUUUAUUCCGCUGAAAAUCCAACAGAUAAACCGAUUGUAGGAAUUGCUACUUAUUCUAUUGUCCCAUUUGAAGCAUCAAAAUAUUUUAAUAAAAUACAAGUUGAUCUACCUGUAUUCUUCUAUAUUGAUCCAGAGAUUACAUCAGAUCCACGAUUGAAAUCACUUAACACGAUAGUAUUGAAUUAUACAUUUUUUGAAGCUAAAAAAUCAAAAUUUUAUGUCCCUGGGAUAACAACGCCGGAGUAUGCUGAUGUACAAACACCACCAGUAACAACACCACAGACGACAGUACCAACUACCGAGUUAACUGACCCCAACGCCAUAUAUACAUAUGGGCAUACGUCACUUGGAGUGAAGAAUAAGUUGGGGGUAAUCAGUGAAAAUGAACGUCAAAGCUGUGCUUCUGUGCUUGCUACCAUAACACCUGUAGAUUUUCUCGAUGAACUGCCUAUUUCCCAGAUUUCAUGUGGCGGUCAUCAUACAGUUUGUCUCACCGAAGAUGGCAUCAUAUUUUGUUUUGGUUGGAAUGGAUAUGGUCAGUUAGGCCUUGAUUCAUCUGUGGAAGCUGUGGAUAUACCGGUGAAACAGUCUGUUUUAACAGCUCAACAACUGAAAUCCAAUAUGACUGUAUCCUCAGUUUCUUGUGGUUUAUGGUCUACAAGUCUUCAGUUAAAUUCAAAAGAUUGA